GUUCAGUAGCUCCAUCCCAGAUCAAAGCGCCCGCACUAACUGACCAAGGGGAUGAGUUUGUCGUCGCAAGGCCUUUCAUUAUUCCCGUCUUGUUUGUUAAACCCAACCCUCGCUCCUCCACCCACCCCCAGCUUCACUUCAGGAAGGAAAUAGUUAAAAGACUCCUGCCCUUCGGGGCCUGGAAGGGGGCGGCAGCUUAGUGCUGUGUGGUGCGGGCUGGAAGGUUGGGACGCUCUUGCGGUCCCACAGCGGAGAAGGGCUGGGAGCUUUGGCAGAAGGGGAGGACAGGCUGGAGGCGUGUUCCUUCGGAGUUUUCUUUUUCUUGCGAGUCCUUGCGCGCGCGUACACUCAUCCCUCUGGUCUGGCGAUCGUGGAGAGGAGUCAGGGAGGCUUCACCCUUCCCACCGGGUCAUCGCCGGAGGCUGGAGGCUCGGCAAGACCUCCCCAGAAAAGCCGUGCCCCACCAGGGAAGUUUUCCGCAGCCAAGACAGCCCUGCAGCUGGGGCCGCCGGCGCGCCGCAGCCCGGGACACGGGCCACCCUCCGCGCCACCCACCCUCGCCGGCUCCGGCUUCCUCUGGCCCAGGCGCUGAGCGAACUUGGCAGCUGCGCCCGCCGAGCUCCACGGUAAAAAAAAUAUAGAGACUUGUAAAAGCCACACAAUAAGACUUUUCUUCAAAUUUGCAUCAAGAUGGAAAUGUUGUGCCUCAGGGCAUCCUUUUGGCUGGCACUGAUCGGAUGUGUAAUCAGUGAUAAUCCUGAGAGAUACAGCACAAAUCUAAGCAAUCUCGUGGAUGACUUCACCACUUUUCGGGGGACAGAGCUCAACUUCCUAGUGACCACCCAUCGACCCACGAAUUUGGCCCUCCCCAGCAAUGGUUCAAUGCACAACUAUUGCCCACAGCAGACUAAAAUUACUUCAGCUUUCAAAUACAUUAACACUGUGAUAUCUUGUACUAUUUUCAUCGUGGGAAUGGUGGGGAAUGCAACUCUGCUCAGGAUCAUUUACCAGAACAAGUGUAUGAGGAAUGGCCCCAACGCACUGAUAGCCAGCCUUGCCCUUGGAGACCUUAUCUAUGUGGUCAUUGAUCUCCCUAUCAAUGUGUUUAAGCUGUUGGCUGGGCGCUGGCCUUUCGACCACAAUGACUUCGGCGUCUUUCUUUGCAAGCUGUUCCCCUUCUUGCAGAAGUCCUCCGUGGGGAUCACUGUCCUCAAUCUCUGCGCUCUCAGUGUGGACAGGUACAGAGCGGUUGCCUCCUGGAGUCGUGUUCAAGGAAUUGGGAUUCCCUUGAUUACUGCCAUUGAAAUUGUCUCCAUCUGGAUCCUUUCCUUUAUCCUGGCCAUCCCUGAAGCCAUAGGCUUUGUCAUGGUGCCCUUUGAAUACCGGGGUGAACAGCACAAAACUUGUAUGCUCAAUGCCACAUCAAAGUUCAUGGAGUUCUACCAAGAUGUGAAGGACUGGUGGUUGUUUGGGUUCUAUUUCUGCAUGCCCUUGGUGUGUACUGCAAUCUUCUAUACCCUCAUGACCUGUGAGAUGUUAAACAGAAGGAACGGCAGCUUGAGAAUUGCCCUCAGUGAACAUCUGAAGCAGCGUCGAGAAGUGGCGAAAACCGUUUUCUGCUUGGUUGUAAUUUUCGCUCUUUGCUGGUUCCCUCUUCAUUUAAGCCGUAUUUUGAAAAAAACUGUGUAUGAUGAGAUGGACAAGAAUCGAUGUGAAUUACUCAGCUUCUUGCUGCUCAUGGAUUACAUCGGUAUUAACUUGGCAACCAUGAACUCAUGUAUAAACCCAAUAGCUCUAUAUUUUGUGAGCAAGAAAUUUAAAAAUUGUUUCCAGUCAUGCCUCUGUUGCUGCUGUCACCAGUCCAAAAGCCUGAUGACUUCAGUCCCCAUGAACGGAACAAGCAUCCAGUGGAAGAACCAUGACCAGAACAACCACAACACAGAGAGGAGCAGCCAUAAGGACAGCAUUAACUAACCAUCUUAAAGACAUUAACUGAUACUCCUUGGAAUCCUAUUGGAGAAAAAAGAUCACAGUGUCUCCAGAAGUUUCUUCUCUGAUCCUUCUUCCUUCACUCAGUCCCCCCCUCUGGGAUAAAAGUGUUCUCCAUAUGUUUUCCAAAGCCAUGGAAGGUGGACUGAUUUAUAUCCACAAAGCCCAUCAAUCUCACUUCUUUAAUUUAUCUAAGUUACAUAUUCCAUAUGUUACUCCAACACCAAAAGGUGGUGGGAGUUGGAAGAGAAUGGAGACUAUUACAUGAAACCUGAAGGAUAUUUGCUAGUUUGCAUGAAAUUAAGAAUUUUCAAGUACAUAACUAGAUUUUCUAUUUUUUUAAGUGAUUUUUUUUCCAAAUAGCAUGGAUUUAAGUCAUCUUUAUUGAAAUGUCAUUCAGUGCCAGUAUUUCUUAACUGCAUGGUAGCCUAGAAAUGAUUAUUUGAGCCUAUUGACAUGCAUUCUGUAAAAAAAAAAAAAAAAAGAAAGAAAAGAAUAGAAAGAAAGAAAAGGAAAGACAAAAAUAACAAUAUUCA